UUCAGACGAUUCAUGGGAGACAAGACUGCACUUUUCCCUGAACCAUGAGAGCCAAGUUGGAGGUCUUAGCCCUGGUCCUGGGCUUCAUCGGCCUGAUUGGGACCAUAACUGUCACUGCCCUGCCCAUGUGGAGGGUCUCUGCUUUCAUUGGUGCCAAUCUCAUCGUCAUGGAGGAACUCUGGGAGGGCUUGUGGAUGAACUGCUACAGACAGGCUGACAUCAAGAUGCAGUGCAAAGUGUAUGACUCGCUGCUAAUUCUCCCAUCAGAGCUGCAGGCAGCAAGGGGGUUCAUGUGCGUCUCCAUAGUCCUGGUUGUCAUCUCCCUGAUCAUCACAGGAUGUGGGACCAAGAAGAGCAACUGUUGUGGCGACAAUAUGAGAUCCAAGAACAUUACCCUGGCCAUAGGAGGUAGUUUUUUUCUGCUUUCCUUUUUGACAACAAUCAUCCCCGUCAGCUGGGUGGGCCAUACUAUCAUCAGCAGAUUCUACAACCCAAAUGUGGUAGACUCUCAGAAGCGGGAGCUAGGGGAAGCCCUCUUCAUUGGCUGGGGCACCUCUGGUAUUCUGCUGAUCACCGGGAUCAUACUUCUGUUGCGUUACUGCAAACGUAGCUCAAAGGAUGAAGAGCCCUACAGUGACGCCUAUCUUAUGGCAGCAACAGACAUAAAGAAAGAGGAGAGUGUGCACCUGGAGAGGAAACCAUCCAGCUUUUAUAAAACUCAAGAGUAUGUGUGAAGAACUGACUAUACUGUCUGAAAUUCAUGUACAAAUUCCACUACACAUACAUGACUCAUUAGACCACAAGAUGAUGAGUGUGCAGAUUUAGUCUAAAUGUAUGUUUUAAUGCCAACGACUGUUUAAAUGACUAAUGUACUUUGUGUUCUUAUUGCACUAUAAAUGGUUCUCAUCGCCAUUUUUUGCACCAAAAUAUUUGAGUGGUAUUUAAUGUACAUACAUGUAA